UUUUCGACACAAUGACGGAUUUAAUACAUCAUUACCUUCAAGACGCAGAUGGGCUUUGCACGAAAUUGGUCCGGUGCUUGCCGAAGGCGGCAAUCAACGGCGCAAAUAACAACGGCGUGCUGCAACCGCCAUAUCCACCGCAUCCUCCUCAACCUCCCCCGUACCCGCCGACGCCGAGCGUGUCGAGCGCACUGAGCUCGGGCCACUUCCAGCACACGUACGCGGCGCAGGCGCCCCCUAGCGCUGACCAGACGGACAGCGCGCAGCACCAGAGAUUUGUAGAUGCCCGUUGGAUAAUAGCUGAACGAGAUUUAGAGAUAAGAGAAAACAUCGGCAAAGGCGAGUUCGGCGACGUGAUGCUUGGCAUCCUCAAUGGCAACCAGAAGGUGGCCGUCAAGAUAUUGAAGGACAGAGAGGCGGCGAGCAAGUUCCGAGCCGAGGCCAGCGUUAUGUCUUCAUUGAAGCACGACAACCUGGUGCGUUUGCUGGGCUGCGUGGUGUUCAGCUCGAACGGCAGCACUUGCAUAGUGACGGAGCACUGCGCGCAGGGCUCGCUACUCGACUACCUGCGCAGCCGCGGACGACACUACGUUACGCAGCAGGACCAAAUCAACUUCGCAUUUGACGCGUGUUGCGGCAUGGAGUACCUGGAGCGGCAGCGUGUUGUGCACCGCGACCUGGCGGCGCGCAACGUGCUCAUCUCCGCGGAGGGCACGGCCAAGGUGGCAGACUUCGGGCUGGCGCGCUGCGAGACUGCGCCC